CUGCUACCGAAGGUUGACGGACCCUAUCCAAGCAGGACGAGCACCCCAAGCUUGGGAUCACUCAAACCUAAAACUUGAACUGAACCAGUCGGCAGACCCUCCGAGUCUCCUCAGUUCAACUCAUUCACAAAAAGCUACCUGCGCUCCUCGGUAUCCAUUGAUCGGCAACCUUAUCGCUCGUGGCGGCCGCUGGUCUUAUACUCACUUAUACUCACCGACUUCGGCACUCAACAUUGCCUAUCAUUCUAUCCCCAUAUCUCGUAGCAACAACCAUCGCUCGUCACCACAUCGCAGCCAUGUCGGGCAAGCCGAGUGUCUUCCGACGCUUGGCCGACAAGGCGGCCGUCGAGUCGGAACCGGGCCUAACCACCGCCCAGUUGAUGUUGACGAACCACGACCUCAAGCCCGUCGAGCCCGAGCGGCGCCAAUGGGGGCCCUGGAACUUUGUCGGCUUCUGGAUUGCCGACUCGUUCAACAUCAACACAUGGAUGAUCUCCUCGUCUAUGAUUGUGGGCGGUCUGUCGUGGUGGCAGUCAUGGCUUUGCGUCUGGAUCGGCUACGCCAUUUCUGGCUGCUUCGUCUGCUUGACCGGCCGGAUCGGCGCCACCUACCAUAUCGGGUUCCCCGUUGUGAGCCGCUCGUCGUUUGGUAUCUGGGGCAGUCUGUGGCCGGUCUUCAACCGCGCUGCCAUGGCAUGCAUUUGGUACGGUGUGCAGUCGUAUAUCGGAGGACACUGCGUGUAUCUGAUGAUCCGAUCCAUCUGGACGAGCUGGGACCGUGAUACCAUCCCAAACACCUUUGAGAAAGGCUCCGGCACAACCACGGCGGACUUUGCCUCCUUUUUCAUCUUUUGGCUCUGCUCUCUCCCCGCCAUCUGGUUUCCGGUCCACCAGAUCCGCCACCUGUUUACCGUGAAGGCUUACUUCGUCCCCUGUGCCGCCCUCGCCUUCCUCAUCUGGUCCGUCGUCCGCGCCGGUGGCAUCGGCCCCAUCAUGCGACAACCCGCGUCGAAGCAGGGGAGCGCACUCGCGUGGGAAUUCGUCAAGGGCAUCAUGAGCUCCAUCGCCAACUUCGCUACGUUAAUCGUCAACGACCCUGACUUUUCGCGCUUCGCCGGCAAGCCCCGCGACGCCCUCUGGUCGCAGCUCUUCACCAUCCCCAUCGGCUUCGGCGUGACCUCCUUCAUCGGCAUCAUCGUGUCGUCCUCCUCAACCGUCAUCUACGGCGGCGAGCCGAUCUGGGACCCGCUCGACCUCCUGGAGCGCUUCAUCGACGACGGCGGGUCGGGGCAGCGGUUCGGCGUCUUCGUCAUCGCGGCGGCCUUCUCGCUCGCGCAGCUGGGCACCAACAUCGCGGCCAACUCGGUCUCGGCCGGCACGGACAUGACGGCGCUCCUGCCGCGGUGGCUCAACAUCCGGCGCGGCGGCUACAUCUGCGCGGCGGUCGGCCUGGCCAUGUGCCCCUACAACCUGCUGACGUCGAGCAACAUGUUCACCACCUACCUGUCCGCCUACAGCGUCUUCCUCUCCUCCAUCGCCGGCGUCAUGGUCGCCGACUACUACCUCGUCCGCCGCGGCUUCCUCGAGGUCAAGGAGCUCUUCGACGCCCGCCGCUCCGGCCCCUACUACUUCACCGGCGGCUGGCACUGGCGCGCUUAUGCAGCGUACAUCGCCGGCAUUCUCAUCAACGUUGUGGGGUUCGUGGGUGCGGUCGGUGCCACUACCGUUCCGAUUGGCGCCACAUACUUAUACAACCUCAAUUUCUUUUGCGGAUUUGGCGUGUCAGCCUCGGUGUACUGGGCGUUGUGCAAGGUGUCGCCGAUCCCGGCUACGAGCGACAAGUGGAUGGAGGUGGGCGAUGAGAUUGUUGAUCUGAGACUUGCGUAUGAUGAUCAGAGUGUCAGCCAGGAGGAUGAGGAAGUCGACACGGGGAGUACGGUUAAGAAUGUUGGAAAGACGGUCUAGGCGUGCUUGUUUGCUGGUUUGCUGUGGGAUACCC